AUGUUGAGAACAUUACGCCUCCGCGGCGUACGGGCGUACCACGCCAUUGACCACCCCAACCCCAUCAUCGCCAACAACCCGCAAACGGUCAUCCUCGACGAGGCGCUCAAGCUCGUCCCUACUUACGGGUUCACUCGCGAGUGCAUCACCGCCGCCACCCGCCACCUCAACUACUCUGAUGCCACCGGGUCCAUCGUGAAAGAUUUCGACCUCCCCAUCCACUGGCUCAAGACCCAGCGGGCUAACCUCGAGAAGUACGCCAUAGCGCCCGAGUCGCCGUUGCACCAGAUAACCGACGAGUACGCCCGGGCCACCAACUUGAUGCAAACGAGAUUGUCCUACAACAACCAGAUCGACCUUAAAGAGCUUGUGGCGUUGUUGGCGUUGCCUUACAACAUGCCCGAGUCGGCGGCGGAACUCCACAACCUCAGCGACGACAUCGCGUUCUACGCCGGGGACGCGUCGAACGACUUUGCCUGGUACACCAAGCGGAUGGGGUUGUCGAGCAUCUACGUGCUGCUGGAGUUGUACCAGAUCCAGAACCCCGGCAACGUCGACGCCUUCGUCGCCGAUAAGAUCGCCCUGUUGAAGGAGAUGGGGGCGGCCUACAACAACGUCGAAGAGUGGGCGUUGUUCAACGGGAUCAGUGCUUUUAACUUGAUUAAAUCGCAGCUCAUGCGUGGCUAG